UACUUUCUGAUGAGUUUGGCAAGGCCAGGCGUAGCUCAUAUUUAUCACCCCAUAUACGAGCAACGAAUAAAUCGAACUUGCAUUUUUUUAUACAACGCUAAUGAAUUUUUGUAAAAUUAAGUUGAUUAAACGGUCACGGCCCUUGGCGCAUUUCUCGAGACUUCAGCCAGGGCCACAAAUGCCCCAACUGUAGCAGCAGAAGAAAGGCUUUCCCAUAAGGAUCCCCACUCAUAAAUGCAGUGGAAGAAGAAGUUUACUCGAUUGAAAGCAGCUACUGGAAAUUCGCGUGUGCGAAGAAUGCUUUGUUGUGGACGUAGAAAGGAAAAUGGAAGAUCAGUUCCUGAUGUUACCGCCAGUCCGGGCCGUGCGCCGCCCGGCCCGCUGCCCGCCAAUCAGCAGCCCGGCAUGGGCAACCAACAGCAGCAGCACCACCAUGCCAACCAGCAGCAGCAGCAACAGCAUCAUGGUAACCAGCAACAGAACCGCGGCCAGAGCGGCAAUACAAACGGCUCUGGCGGCGUUAAGGAUCCGGUGCUGCUCCAAGGCGACUUUCGCAAGGUCAGCGGGAUCAGCUCGGAGAUCUUUCGACAGAUAGAAGCCGUCGAGAACGAUCAUGAUCCGAAUACCGCUGCAGCGCUGGAGGCAGUGGAGCGGCGCGGGGAGAUGAUUGUACGCAUCUUGGAGCCACGCUCCAUGGGCAGCAAACAGGCUGUGGAUGCGGCACAUAAGCUGAUGAACAAGGCCGAUGGCCGGCACACCGUGCAACUGGUGGAGAUUGUGAAGCGGCCCGGCCAAACACUCGGCCUGUACAUACGUGAAGGCAACGGCGCCGAUCGCACCGAUGGCGUCUUCAUAUCCCGCAUAGCCCUUGAGUCGGCAGUCUACAACAGCGGCUGCUUAAGGGUGGGCGACGAAAUCCUGGCCGUCAAUUUGGUUGAUGUCACACAUAUGUCGCUCGAUGAUGUCGUCAUCAUCAUGUCAAUUCCUCGGCGUCUGGUGCUGGCCAUACGGCAGAGGCGUGGAAACCGUGGAGCUGGUUCACCGGGUCCGCCAACACUGUCGCGACCAGAACAGAAGCCGCCGCCGGUGGUGGUUAUCAAGCGUGAUCUCAGAGACGAGGACCUGGACGAAACGGAUCGAAUGCCGCGCCCGCGUUCAUCACGUGAAAGACGUACAGGCGAUGGUCGCGAGAUGACCGAGUCACGCUCCAGAUUGGGUCUGGGCCUUAACAACUAUAGCCCGCAGUCAGAGCAGCUAGACAUGUACUACAAUACACGGACUGGUGUUAACGCCAUGGGCGAGCCCCCGAACUGGGGCUACAAAGCACCGCCGCCACCAUCCUCGGUCAUUACGGAGCAGCCCACCAAGGGGCAUGCCUUUGCGCCUUCACACGCUUACUACCAGAACGCUGGUACACUGGAAAGCCUGGCCGAAAAGGUGCACGCAUUCUACCCAGGCGCACCUGGCCAACCGCUAGGUCCCUCGCGACGCAUGUCCACGGGCACAGGAAAUGUGGGCUUAGCUCAGCAACAUGCACGUUUUCCGCGCUCUGGUUCAGAUCAGCAUUUGCCGCGAGUCGAAUACGCGGAUUACUCCAACUCUUUAGGCCGCCACUCCCUGCUGCGUUCCAGCUUGAAACCCGGAACAGGCGCCCCAAUGCCCGUGGGCGUUGGAGGCACUCUGGGUCGCUAUGGGCGUUAUGAGCAGCAACGCGGUGGAGUUCCAAAGUAUGGGCCGCCGGCAGCGGGUCCGCAGUCACUGACCCGUCGUUCGCGGCCCAAUCUGGACUACUCCAGCGAUACCGAAGCAACCAUUGGGCCUCGUCCUAGUUACUAUUACUAUAACCGACCCGCCAUAGGCAGUAUGCCACGCGGCGCAGGAGGCGUGGGAAGUGGAGCAGCUGCAGCGGCAGCUGCUAUGUUGGCUGGCACCGCAGAUCUCAAUAAAUUUAACUCACUGCCGAGGGAGCGACCGGGCGUUAGGUUACAGGGCAUACGUGCGCGCAUAGGAGAUCGCAUUCUGGAUGAGAACGAUGGCAAUAUUUCGGCGCCCGAGUAUGAUGCGCGGCGUGGUCGUGAUCUGCGCCAACGUAUUACUGCUAGCCCCGGUCCCUCUAUCUUUACGGCGGACGAGUACCGUGCGUGGCUACGGCGCGCGCCCAGUAGUUCCGCGAUUGCGGAGCAAAUGCGUAUGACUAGGGAUAUGUUCGCCCAGCCACGCUCGCAUCGCUUCUCGUGCAGUGCGGAAAACAUUCAUGAUGCCCUGCGGAAUACCGAGAGCAUUUACUCCAGCAGAACGGGCAUACUCGGUGCUGGCACGCUGGAUCGUAAUCUGGGCCUCACCCGACCAAUCUCUGCACUGCCUGUGCGUUCCAUGUCCUCGCAGCAUAUAGGCGGUGCUGGUUCCAUACGCUCGCCCAGUAUACGACGCAUGCGUCAGCUGCUGGAACUUUCUGCUGGUCCAGCCAGUCCUAGUGGCAGUAUUAUGAGUACAGCCGGUCAUCAGAGUCCCGCGCCCACGCCGAGUGCAACAUUGCCGCGUGCUCAUCGCCAGAUCGACAUUAAUCCGGCAGAGUUUGCCAAGUACAAGCUGGACAAGCCCAUUGUGGACAUUGGCGGCGUCUCGGGCAUGCUCUGGAUACAUCUGCUGGCCGGUCGCGGAUUGCGCUCAGUACCAGAACAGGGUGCACAGCAUGCACCUGGUGGAGCACCACUCCCACAGACUAGAGAUCUUUACUGCGUAAUCGAGUGUGAUCGUGUGCAUAAGGCGCGCACAGUGGUGCGUUCGGGAGAUUUGCAGUUCGACUGGGACGAGUCCUUUGAACUAGAUCUGGUGGGCAACAAGCAGCUGGACGUGCUCGUCUAUUCCUGGGAUCCACAGCACAGGCACAAGCUGUGCUAUCGCGGCGCCAUAUCGUUGUCGGCGGUGCUGCGGCAAUCGCCACUGCAUCAGCUGGCGCUUAAAGUGGAGCCUCGCGGCACUGUCUACAUACGCAUGCGGCACACAGAUCCCCUCGCACUGUACAAGCGUCGCGGGCUGCCCAGUUUGCGUGCCGGUUAUCCGACACUUUUCGGCGCCGAUCUGGAGACGGUGGUCAACAGGGAGUCAAAGAACGCGCCCGGCUGUGCGCCAGUGCCAAUUGUGCUGCGACGUUGCGUUGAGGAGGUGGAGCGGCGAGGCCUCGAUAUAAUCGGGCUGUAUCGCCUGUGCGGAUCGGCAACGAAGAAGCGCCUGCUGCGCGAGGCUUUCGAGCGCAAUAGCCGCGCUGUGGAAUUGAGCCCGGAACACGUUCCUGAUAUUAAUGUUAUUACCGGCGUGCUCAAGGAUUACCUCAGGGAGCUGCCGGAGCCAUUGUUUACACGCUGUCUCUUCCAGAUGACAGUGGAUGCCUUGGCUGUCUGUCUGCCAGAUGAUCCUGAGGGCAACGCGAAACUGAUGCUUAGCAUACUCGACUGUUUGCCCAGAGCGAAUAGGGCCACCUUGGUAUUCCUGCUUGACCAUCUUUCGCUGGUUGUGUCAAAUGCGGAGCGCAAUAAAAUGUCUGCUCAGGCGCUGGCCACUGUGAUGGGUCCUCCGCUGAUGCUGCACUCGGCCAGUGCGCAGCCUGGCGCUGAUAUUGAUCAUGCUCAGCCGAUUGCGGUACUCAAGUAUCUGCUGCAGAUCUGGCCUCAGCCGCAAACGCAGCAGACGCAGCAUCAGCAGCUGGCUCAGCACAUGGGCGGCAUGGCCGCUGCCAGCAGCAUGAGCAAUAUGGCGGGUGUUGCUUCAGGUCGGCGCGGCGAGUCAACAGGGCAGCGUGGAAGCAAAGUCAGUGCGUUGCCAGUGGACAGACAGCAAAUACUACUGCAGCAGCAGCAGCAGCUCAUGGCGGCGGGCAACCUACUGCGCUCGUCCACUUCGGUAACCAACAUACUCUCCCAAGGCCAUCAUCAGCUCUCAGCCACAGCCAACAGUCAUCUGUAUCAAUCAGUAGUGGGUCAGUUAGCUCAAUCGCAUCGAGCCUUGCAACAAGCGGUGCAACAGCCCUUUCAAUUGGCGGGCUCAGCGGUCUCGGCAAUUCCCGACCAAUCGCCACUGCCACUUCCAGGCACACCCUCCCCAGGCAGUAGCUCAGCCUCGACGGGCUCCGGCUCGGGGUCGGGCUCGGGUUCGGGCAAGAGCACUGAUACUAUCAAGCGCGGUGCUUCGCCCGCUUCCAUCAAGCAAGUGAAAAUUGUUGACACGCCGAGCCCGUACUCGGUUGUACAGAAAAAGCCACCUUUGCAAAAGGACGCUCCCAUAGAAGAAACUACGCCCCCGGAGGCCAAUACAAGCUCGACAAUCCGCAAAGGAGUUGACUUCUACGAACCGCACAAAUCGCAAUCCAAGAACCUGGCCGGCGAUGACUCGUAUACAUCUAAAUAUAACAGCAGCACUUUGGAUAGUAAGAAGAGCAGCUACAUGAGCAGUUACACGCCCGGCAAAUCCUUCACUGCCAGCAGCGCCACUCUCAGCACCAACGAUGAAUACAAGGCCAUGCGCAAUAAAUCGAGUGCCACCUCAAGCUCUAGUUCCUCCCAGGCAACUGUGCUGAGUGCUGGAUCCACUGCAACAUCGGCGCCAACAACCUCCUCCGAUGACUCUGACGAUUUGGUCUCAUACAAGUCGUCGGCCUCUACCAAUGCGUUGCUGGCCCAGUCUCAGGCGAUGACCACCAGUCAGCUAAUGUCUAAAUACUUAAAGCGCGAGCCACGAGUGCAAUUUACACCGAUCAAAUCGCCGGAAUCGCCCUCACCACCUGGCGGCAGCGAUGGUCUGCCAAAGGGCACCUACCAGCUGGUCACGCCCAGCUCCAGCACCAGCUGUUUGGCCAAGCCCAGUGCCACCACGGGUGCGAUCAGCAAGUAUACGACUUCGACAUCAUCGCCCAGUUCAGCGGACACCAGCAAAAAUCCAACCAGCAACAACAAAUUGUCGUCACCGUCGAGGCUUGCCAAAGAUGGCAAGUCGGCAGGCGCGGUAAGUAACUCCUCUUCCCUGGUGUCGAGCGGCAGGCGGCUGUUUGACAGCCUUGCCUCGUCGUCUUCCUCGGAAACGGAGACAAAGACUUACAUAGGCGGCACAACAGUUGCCAGCACCACAGUUGCCAACACCACAACAACCUACACGAACGAAUCUAGAAACUUAGCCAGCAGCAGUAGCAAUAAAGCGACUUCCGGCUCAGAGCACAGAAGUUUUGGUAGUGCACUAUUCGGUAGCAGCGCCUUGGGCAACGGCAAUGGCAAUGGUCAUGGUGCCCACUCUAGCAACAGCCCCUUUGCCAGCACCAAUGGCAACGCCAAUGGUAGCAGCAACCACAGUACCAUGAACUUGUAUGGCACACUGCCAAAGAAUGGGGCUGCCAACGGCAGCAGCGCGGGCGCCACUCUGUUUGGUGCCAGCGCCAGCUCUUCUUAUCAUUCUGGCAGUGGCACAGCCAGCAGCAGUGGGGUUAGCUCGAUGACUGGCUCCACUAAUAGCUAUGAUUUUUAUACGAGCAGCAGCACAGGCGCCAGCAGCAGCUCGCGUCCCUUUGCCAAUGGUGGCAACAACUAUCAUACGCUGGGCACCUAUCGCGCUCAGUACGCGGCCACCAAUCCCUUCCUCGAUGCCUUCGAUGAGAAGCCCAGCAGCAAUGGGGGUAACAAUGGCCAUAACAGCCAUCACGUUGCCGAUGAUAAGCAUGCAACGAUCGCGGAUAAGAGCCAUCAGCGUACCGCAAUGGUGGCGGCUUUUCAGUCGUCUGGCGACUCAAAGAAUGGCAGCGAUGAAUACGAUGAUCUCAAGUGAGUGGCCCGCGGCGUACGCUGGGCAGGUGUGAGUGGGGGCAGGUAGCUGUCCGCGCAGUAUAGGGAGACUUGGUUUAAAGGCGAUAGCGAUAUCUAUAACGAUAUGAAACGCUGAAAGUGUUCUUUUGGAGUAUUUACAGUUUACAAAUUUACAAAACUAAAUAUGCAAAAAUAUGAAUAUAUAUCGAUAAACAAUAUUUAAAAGCUAUACCAAAAUCGAACAAUUUAAAGAACAAGUAAAGAUUAACGAAUUUUUAAGAUCACAUCAAAUUAUAAUGGCAAUCCACUGAGACAGCAGGAAAUCCGGUUUAAAUAAAUACGCAUACAAAACAAAACAUAACAAAAUGGCUGCCAAGCUUUAAGUGUUCGCGUGUGUGUGUGUUUGUGAGUGUGCAUGUGUGUGUGUCAUGCUAAAAGCUUUGCCUUAGCAGCAUUUAUACUAAUAUAUUCGUUGGCAGCCAUUUUGAAAUCUACGGCAUAACCUUUACAAACAGUAUUCGAAACAAAAGCUAAACCCGAUUUAAAGAAAACGCAACGUAUACAACAUAAGAAAUUAAAACAUAAAAAUAAACCUAAUAUCUAGGUAAAUAAAAGGUUGAACGCGCAUUUAACUUUUCUUUUUGUUUACAUACUCAUAUAUAAACUAUCAAGACGUAUAGAUUUGCUGAAAACAUACAAAAAUAUUUUCGCAGCAACUUGAAGCAAAAAAACAUUAAUGUUUGUAUAGUCGAAUAAUCGAUUUUCUCCCUUAAAUCCCUCCUAAUAACUUCUAUGCAUAUGUUAGCUUAUUUUAAGGCGACCAAAACUCUUAACUAUUAGAUGAUAAUAUUUCAUCAAAUAUUGGACAAAAUUUCGAGCAAUAUAUUUGCCUAAAAUGUUUCUCUAAACCUCUUAUACAUAUAUACAUGCUUACAAAACAUGCAUCCAUAUACAUAUGUAUAUA